GCUAUUCAAGACUUAAAAAACUUAAGCUAAACUUAAACUUAAAAGUACGAAAAUGGUCCAGCCGGUGGUGCUCUUGUCUGCGAUUUCUUUUAUUUGCGCCGCCCUGGGAUCGGAGGAAUCUUGUUAUCUCACUAAAGAGCAGGAGGACGACUGCGCGGCGGUCUGUCAUCCGAUCGUGAAGCCCCUCCUGAGGUACUUUGAGAAGAUUCAGGCCAAAAAAUCGCAGUUCCAAAACGAAUACUCAGAGUUGAAGAAAAAGUAUACGGACUUGGAGGUAAGCCACUCGGAAUUACAAAAGGAUAAAUCGGACUUGCAAAAUAGGGUGAUUGAAGUUGAAAAUCUAAAAUCUCAAAUUGGUUCAAAAAAUUUGGAAAUCAAAUUUCUAAAAGAUAAAAUUAGUGAAUUAAAUAAAACAAAUGAACUUGCUACAAAAAUACUUCGCGACGACAUUGCCAAAUUGGGCGAAAUAGUAAAGAAUAUAAAUUUUGAUAAUGGAACAGCCAGUCCAUCACCAACCAGGACAGUCCAGCAACAACCUCCACCAUCCAAAGCUAUUCCAGAUCGGUGUCCGCAAAGCCAAAAUGAAACUGAGAUCAUCCAAGAAAUCCAAAUUCCAGGUUCAGAUCCGUUUAAAGUGGUCUGUUACUCAAAUAAGUGGAUUGGUUCUGGUUGGAUGAUUGUUUAUAAACAUUGGGGUAAAACAAAUUAUUUUAAUCGCACGUAUGAGGAAUUUGAAAGAGGAAUCAAAGAUGUCGAGACGCAGUUGGAGAAUAAUUACUUUAUUGGACUCGAACGAUUGCACCUCCUGACAUCUAGAAACUCCUAUGAGUUAAGAAUGAGUCCUGACACAUGCGACAACUUUGUCGUUGGGAAUCGAAGCGAAGGCUACAUGGUGAAAGAUACCAAAGGGUGUACUGGACCCAUAUUGCCGAACCUUACGAAAGUCAAGUUUUCCACCUGGGAUCGAGAUGAGGAUGGAUAUCCCGAUCGUAAUUUGGCAAAGGAAAUAGGCUAUGGCUGGUGGAACGAACCUCGAAGUUCUAAGUACUUCACUGCGCUUAGUAUGAUGAUCCGAAGAAAGGAUUAAAAAAGAAAACGGCGAUUAUUAGGAAAUGGGAAAAA